AAAAUACAGACUCAUCUCUUUCUCUGUGUAUCUCCAGAGGCGGAGAACAUUUUGCUCCUCUCUUCAGUUUCCUGGUUUAUCCUUUUCUCAGGAGUUGUCAUGAAAAGGGGGAACAUAGAGGUCCUGCGAGAUGAGCCUGCCCCUGGGCACCCCCGCUGCUAGGAUGCUCUUUGUUAUGGCUCUGGCCUGCGCCAGCCCUUUUCUGGACUUACGGCGACGAACCAUCAACAUUCCCAUUAUUUUCAGUGGCUCAACCUACACACCAGAAAGUGCCCGGUUCUCACCUGAGGAUUUUCGCAAUUUCUCCAUGGAGAUCAACCCCAUCCCUGUCGUUCUGAAUGACACCAAUCCUCGUAGCCUAAUUGUACGGCUCUGUGAUGUCCUCUCCUCCUUGCAUAUCCAUGGAGUCGUUUUUGAGGAUGAUACGAGAACAGAGGAUGUCGCCCAGAUCCUGGACUUCAUCUCAGCACAGACCUCAGUUCCAAUCAUUGGCAUCAAUGGAGGAUCAGCCAUUGUUCUUACUCCCAAGGAGAAAGGCUCAACAUUCCUGCAGCUUGGUUCCUCAACCAAACAACAGUUGCAAGUGAUGUUUGAGGUCCUGGAACAAUAUGACUGGACAGCAUUUGCCGUCAUUACUACCCUGUUUCCUGGCUAUGAAGAUUUUGUAGAUUACAUUGAGGUCCUGACCGAUAGCAGCUUCAUUGGUUGGGAGCGCCGCAGCACUGUGACCCUUAACCUCACUGAUGACCCAGAUGGAGCCCGCCUGAAGCGCCAGCUCCGAGAAAUAAAUGCCCGUAUUUGCCUUCUCUACUGUUCCCGUGAAGAAGCAGAAAGCAUCUUUCGUGCCGCUCGUGAAGUCAAACUUACUGGUCCUGGGUAUAUUUGGUUCAUGGCAGGCGCCAACUUUGGUAGAACUGCCUACCUGCCUGAGGAACUGCCCGAGGGUCUCUUCAUGGUGCUUUCAGCAGGAUGGAAAGAUGACCUUUACCACAGAGUACAAAACGGUGUGGCCAUCAUUGCCAAAGGCGCCGAGGCCCUCUUCCAAGUCUAUGGCUCAAUUCCAAAAUUCAACAGUGACUGCCGGGCACCCAAUCUCACCCAAUUCAACGAGAAUCUACAUCGAUAUUUCAUGAAUGUCACAUGGGGUGACAAGGACUUCUCCUUUAAUGAGGACGGCUACCUGAUCAAUCCUUCUUUGGCUGUGAUAUCACUUAGCAAACAUCGGACUUGGGAAGAGGUGGGAAGGUGGGAGCGACGAAUCCUGAGUAUGUCACGAUAUAGGAAGUUCCUGCAACCCGUGGAUGACAACAAGCACUUGAUGGUGGCAACUUUGGAGGAAAGGCCCUUCGUAAUUGUGGAUGAUAUUGAUCCUGCCACCAAGACUUGUAUCCGUGACUCGGUGCCCUGCCAUCACCCUCUCAACCACACUGACAGCAAUCAAUUAAAGAAGAGAUGUUGUAAGGGGUUUUGCAUCGACAUCUUGAAGCGUUUGGCGAAAACUCUGGGAUUCACCUAUGACCUCUACCUUGUCACCAAUGGCAAACAUGGGAAAAAAGUCAAUGGCAUGUGGAACGGCAUGAUUGGAGAGGUGUUUUACAAGCGAGCUGACAUGGCAAUUGGAUCCCUGACCAUCAAUGCAGAAAGAGCUGAAGUCAUAGAUUUCUCUGUGCCCUUCGUCGAGACAGGCAUCAGUGUCAUGGUGUCCCGCAGCAAUGGAACUGUUUCACCUUCUGCCUUCCUAGAGCCUUACAGCCCUGCUGUUUGGGUGAUGAUGUUCGUCAUGUGCCUGACGGUCGUUGCAGUGACUGUCUUCAUCUUCGAAUAUUUCAGCCCAGUGGGCUACAACCGCAGCCUCAGCAACAGCAAACGCACUGGAGGCUCCAAGUUCACCAUUGGAAAAUCAAUCUGGUUGCUUUGGGCAUUGGUGUUUAAUAAUUCUGUGCCUGUGGAGAACCCCAGAGGCACUACCAGCAAGAUCAUGGUGCUGAUCUGGGCAUUCUUUGCCGUCAUCUUCCUUGCCAGCUACACAGCCAACCUGGCUGCCUUUAUGAUCCAGGAGGAGUACGUUGACACGGUGUCUGGGCUGAGUGACCAGAAGUUUCAGAGACCCCAGCACCAUUAUCCUCCUUUGAGAUUUGGCACAGUUCCUAAUGGUAGCACCGAAAAAAAUAUUCGGAACAACUAUGGAGAAAUGCACGAAUAUAUGGGGAAGUACAACCAGCGCAGUGUGGAAGAUGCACUUCAAAAUCUGCAGACAGGGAAACUGGAUGCUUUUAUUUAUGAUGCAGCUGUCCUCAACUAUAUGGCCCGCAAGGAAGAAGGUUGUAAGCUUGUCACCAUUGGAAGUGGGAAGGUCUUUGCCACGACAGGCUAUGGCAUUGCCCUGCAAAAGGGAUCCAAAUGGAAACGGCCCAUUGACCUGGCCCUGCUUCAGUUUCUCAGCGAUGAUGAGAUUGAGCUCCUGGAGCGCCUGUGGCUGUCAGGGAUUUGCCACAAUGACAAAAUAGAGGUGAUGAGCAGUAAACUGGAUAUAGACAACAUGGCAGGGGUCUUCUACAUGCUUUUGGUAGCCAUGGGGCUGAGCCUGCUGGUCUUUGCCUGGGAACAUCUCAUCUACUGGAAACUGCGCCAUUGCAUGAGGCACACGGGCCGGCUGGACUUCCUACUCGCCUUCAGCAGGGGCAUGUAUAGUUGUUGUAGCAGUGAAGACCCCAAAAUACCAGACCAGCAGCAGUUGCCCAUCCUAAAUCACACCUACGGACCAUCACGAGGUGUACCCCCAGCUCUGCCCAGUCCACCUGGGCCUCCACUCCCUUGUUCCAGCUUCCUGCCUCGUGAACGGCGCAUCGUGGAACGGUGGCGUCAUGCCCGUAGCCCCAACUGCUACAAGGAUUUGUACCCCCCUACACCUGCAGAACUCCCUACCACUAAACCGCCACGCCACGCCCUCAAGAGUCCUUUCUCGGAUGGCUUCCACCGGUUCUAUGGCCCCAUUGAACCCGAAGGGCUUUCAGAUCAUGUCAGUAGCAAAAAAAUGGCACCCUGUCAGCUCUCCCCCCCACAGCCUUCCCGCGGGCUGGAAAACCCUCCGUCCUACUUUGCUAUAGUGAGAGAAAAAGAUUCUCCAAAUAUGCCACCAGUGGCAUCCGGUUGGCAACGCAAAUCUCUCCGGGGUUUGUAUGAAAGUUUCCAAGCAGGAAAGGCAGCUGGCCGAACUUCUGAGGUGAAAAAAUAUGAUGGUCCUUCAAGCAGUUAUCCCACCAAAAGCCCCUGUGAGUUGGAAAGGAGCACUUCCCGGUCUUUCGGGAAAGAGCGAAAUCGCUACGGCUACACCCGGCUGUCCUACGAGGAUGAACGUUCCCCACCGGUCCCCCAUUACCGACAUGCUGAGGAGGCAUCUCUGCCAAGAGCUGAGCCAGAAGCGAAAUGCCCAACCACAUCAAGCCGCGAGAGGAGCUCCCGGGCUCACAUCUGCCGCAGCCAUUCCCACCCACUUGCCGUCGGUGCCAGUUUGCGCAGCCAAAGUCAUUAUGUGGACUUUUCAGACUCUGAUUCUGACAUCUGUGAGAGGGAUAGUGAUGGCCACAGCUGCUGGUACCAGUCGCCAGAUUAUUUCUGCACCUACCCCUCCCGAGAGAGGCAGCUGUUCGCCACGCACAAGCCUCUGCACUACUGGUCGGCCGACAAGUUGGCCAAAUGCCACGGGUGUCACGGUCCUUGCCAGCACUGCCUGAGCCUAGAAAUGCUCCCGCCACCCACUCCGCCGUGCCGCAAGGAAGCCUUGCAUUAUUUGAGCUGUUCAGAAGAGCAUUUGGAACGCCGGCUGGACUGGGAGCAUCGACACUGUAGCCACUACAGCUGCCUGGUUCCUCGGCAUCGCCAUGGCUUCCACCGACGCUGUCACCAUCAUUCUUGUGAGAUGGGGCCAGGUGGUGGAGUCCUCCACCCGACCUCCCGUAGUCUGGAGGACCUCAGUUCCUGCCACAUGAUGCGCUGUGGGGCUUCUCAUCGACACCAGGGUGGCUUCUCUCCGGAGUGGCUGCCACGCCGGGUGAGUCGAAGCGGGGAGCUUUUUGCCAGGCGUGGUUCGGCCCAUUUCUCCAGUCUGGAGUCCGAGGUAUGACCAGCGCCAGGUGGGGCGGGCAUGGGGGAGGGGUAGAGAAAGACAUUUA